GUGAGUUGAAACUUCUUGGAUAUUUCUCAUAACAAAAAGAAGAAAGAAAAAAAAAAAGCAGUUAAAUUUACAUUUAAUUUUCCCGCUUUCUUGUUUUUCCUUAACAAAAAUAGUAAUCUCUCUUCUCUUCAGUUUUAUUAUUAUUUUUUGACAAAGAUCAUUGAGUCAAAGUAAAUAACAAAAGGGUUUGAAGAUCAGAUCUAAAAAAUGCAAAGAAAGAUGAUGGGAAAGAGAGGAUUAGAUCCAAGUGGUAGUGAAGAAGGUCAACCUGAAAGAAAAAGACCAGCUCUUGCUAGUGUGAUUGUUGAAGCACUGAAGGUGGAUAGUUUGCAGAAACUUUGUUCAUCGUUGGAGCCUAUUCUUCGAAGAGUUGUUAGUGAAGAAGUGGAACGUGCCUUAGCAAAGUUGGGACCAGCAAAAGUUAGCGGAAGGGUUUCUCCUAAGAGAAUAGAAGGGCCCGAUGGAAGAGACUUACAAUUACACUUUAGGUCCAAAUUGUCUCUCCCUCUUUUUACCGGAGGAAAGGUAGAAGGAGAAAGAGGUGCUGCAAUCCAUGUCGUCUUGAUCGAUGCCAACACAGGCCAUGUUGUGACAUCUGGCCCGGAAUCCUCGGUCAAACUAGAUAUUGUUGUACUUGAAGGUGAUUUUAACAACGAGGAUGAAGAAGGAUGGACUCAAGAAGAAUUUGAAACUCAUAUGGUAAAAGAACGAGAAGGAAAGCGGCCACUUUUAUCUGGAGAAUUACAGGUCGUUUUGAAAGAAGGUGUCGGAACAUUAGGCGAGUUGACUUUUACAGACAACUCUAGUUGGAUAAGGAGUAGGAAGUUUAGACUCGGACUUAAAGUUGCCUCAGGAUAUUGUGAAGGGGUUCGUGUUCGUGAGGCAAAAACGGAUGCGUUCACUGUCAAGGAUCACCGAGGAGAACUGUACAAGAAACAUUAUCCACCAGCUCUCACCGAUGAUGUUUGGAGAUUGGAGAAGAUUGGCAAAGAUGGGUCAUUUCACAAGAAGCUUAACAAAGCAGGCAUAUAUAGUGUAGAAGAUUUUCUUCGCCUUGUAGUCAGAGAUCCAAAGAAGCUGCGAAAUGUACUGGGAAGUGGCAUGUCCAAUAAGAUGUGGGAUGUUCUUGUUGAGCAUGCAAAGACUUGUAUUUUGAGCCACAAACUUUAUGUUUACUAUUCCGAUGACGUGCGAAAUGUUGGCGUUGUUUUUAACCACAUCUAUGAAUUGAGUGGCUUAGUUGCUGACGGACAUUACUAUGCGACUGAUGCCCUUUCUGAGAAUCAAAAGGUGUUUGUAGAUGCCUUGAUGAAGAAGGCAUACGAUAACUGGAUGCAGGUGGUUGAAUAUGAUGGAAAAUCAUUUUUAGGGGCUCACCAAGAAAAAGCACUGGCUCCACAAAUUGAUAUGGGGAUAGGCCGGCAAAACUUUUUAAAUUCAUUUGAUCAACUCAGUCUACCACCUCCAGCCCCUCAAGAACAACCUACAUCGAAUCAAGGUGUUGUUGGCGGUUAUGAUGGUACUGUCACAACUAGAUACCCUGUGGAAUCUCAGAACAUGAAUCUUAAUGCACCUAAUCAGUUCGAUACAACUUCAUUUACUCUUCACAAUCCGUUACUCAACGGUUCUCAACAGCCUCCUAGAAAUGACAACAUCUUGGCCCUUGGAUUGACACAACCAUCCACCCCUAAUUUUCUGUCUGGCAACACCAACACAUUAAAUUUGAGUUCUUCGUUUAGAGGAUUAGAUGACUACUUUCCGGAAGAAGAAAUCCGUAUGAGAAGUCACGAAAUGCUUGAAAAUGAAGAUAUGCAGCAUCUACUUCGUCUAUUUAACAUGGGUAGUGGUGGGGCCCAUGGUCAAACCUCGGGUACUCCAGUUAAUGAAAGUUAUUAUUCAUAUACGCCGGGUUUUAUGCCAAAUACACCUUCUAGUUUCGGGUAUGGGUUUGAUGUGGAUAAAACACGUUCUUCGGGGAAAGCUGUGGUGGGUUGGCUUAAACUUAAGGCGGCUUUGAGAUGGGGUAUCUUUAUAAGGAAACAAGCAGCUGAAAGAAGAGCUCAAAUAGUAGAGUUGGAAGACCCGUAAUUGUGAUUUUCCUUUAAGGUAAUCCCACAGUGAUAAAUACGAAAGUUAUAACUGGUUGGCAUAAUGUAGAAGCCUUGCUAUCGUGGGUAGCGGCAAAACUUUGUUUGCAGCCAUUUCAAAUACGAUAUCUCUGGGUUUUCACUAUAUUUGAAGGGUGCAGAACAUGCUCUCGUCCAAGUUAAGGAAAAGCUUAUUUUGGAAUGGAAGUGUAACAAAAAGGAUCAGAUAUCUGUUGGUUUAUAUAGUGAUUGGUUUGUUGUAUCAUGUUGUAGUUUUUCUUGUAUUAUGUUGGUUAAGAUGUAACAUCACAACUUUUUGUUGUAUAAUUUGAUGAUACAGUUCCUAAUAAUAGUGACAGACUUUGUUUUA